AUGUCGUUCUGGCCAUUUGGACAGAACACGAGCUCAGCGUUGAACAUCAACAGGCUCUUGGACGAGUACUACUACCAGCGAAGUGUCCAUGGACAGGAGCAAGACAAAGAAAGACAGGAAAGUGGUGAAGUCAAUGGUAGCAGUGGGAUCAAUGGUAGUAAUGCUAGUAACGGUGUCAGUGAAGGUGAUGUUGAUGCUGAUGCUGAAGGUGAUGAUCUAGAUGUCCAUAACGUGGUGAUUGAUAGAGACUUUGUUUACCAAGUGUUGGACGAUUCAAGCUUACUCACAGAAUUGGGAAGACAAAACAAUAAGUUGAUUGAUUUCAUAUGCUUUGGUUAUAUCAAUGAUAAUGAUCAAGAUGACGACCAGAUCCAGAUCCAGGAUCAAGACCAGGAUCAAGAGAUGAAAGAUGAUCAACCCCAAUUGAAUCAUCCUCAACAUCAACAAGGCACAGCUGUAUUAGAGAUUUUACUAGAUAUAAUACUAGAUUCAGUGGAAUGGUUUAAAGAAAAUGAAAGUCAAUCAAAUAAAAUGUCUGAUGAUUCAAUGUUUGAUGAUGAUGGAAAUGAUGAUGAUGGUGAUCCAAUAAAUCAAUUGGCUCUAGUAUUCAAUAGAAUUCAUGCUGCUUCUGAAAUAUUAUCAUGUAAAAUUUGGCUUAUAUCUGAAACUCUUGUGGAGGAACCUUCUUUAUUAAAUAAACUAUGGAGUUUUUUAUCAAAUGAUUUUGAAACAACUUCUUCACCAUCAAUCCCACUUUUCAUCAAAAUUAAUGAACAAUUAUUAUUAUCAAGACCUGAUCAAAUGUUAAAUUUUAUAAGGUCUCAAGAAAAUUUAGUUGAUAAUUUCCUUAAACAUAUUAAUAUUACAAUGAUUAUGGAUUUUUUAUUGAAAAUUAUAACAACUGAUAAACCUGAUAUGCCUACUGGUAUUAUUGAUUUAUUAUCUGAACAACAAUUAAUUCCCAAAAUCCUAAAUUUCCUACAAUCUUCACAAGAUUCUGCAUUACAAUCUUCAUGUGGUGAUUUUUUAAAAGCUUUAAUUGCUAUAAGUGCAAAUACUUCAAUUGAUGAACAUACAAUAGGACCAAAUUUAUUAACAAAAGAACUUGUUAAUGAUGAUAAUAUUGAUAAAAUUAUUGAAAUUAUAUUACAAAAAGGUAAUGGAUUAGCCACAGCUGUUGGAGUUAUAAUUGAAAUUAUUAGGAAAAACAAUUCAGAUUAUGAUACUGUUAAUUUAUUAUAUACUACAACUGAAUCAAAUCCACCGAAUAAAAGAGAUUCAAUUUAUUUAGGUGGUAUGCUUAAAAAAUUUUCAUUAAAUUUAAAUAAUUUCCAAAAAAUCCUGGUUGAUCCAAAAUUAACUUCAAAAAGAAUUGAAAAUCAAAUUAAUCAAGAAAUUGAACCUUUAGGUUUUGAAAGAUUUAAAAUUUGUGAAUUAAUUGCAGAAUUAUUGCAUUGUUCAAAUAUUUCACUGUUAAAUAAUCAUUUAACUGAAAAAAUUAUUGCAGAACGUGAAGCUUUUUUACGUCAUCAAGAAGAUAAUUUACAAAAUGCCCUAUCAGAAGCUUUGAUAGAUACUUCAAUAACAUCAACAACAUUAGCACCAUCACCUGGUUCUGCACAAUUUAAUGGAUUCUCAAAUUUAAAUAUUGGUGGUACUUCUGAACCAUCAGUUGCAUUAAGUUCUAAAAACAUUACAAUAUCACCUCAUCAACAAACUGAAAUUGAACCAAUGACUCCAAUAAAUGAAGAACUUUUGGAUGAUAAUGAUGAUAAACAACAAGAAAAUAGUUCUUCACAUCAAUUACCACAACAUCAAUUCCCCGUGAUGACUAAAAGAGAACAAUUAAGAUCAAAUCCAACUGUGGGAGAUUUUUUUAAAAUUAAUCUUGUUGAUUCUAAAAUUAUUCAAACAAUUUUAAAAAUGUUUAUAAAAUUUCCUUGGAAUAAUUUUUGGCAUAAUGUUGUUUUCGAUAUUGUUCAACAAAUUUUCAAUGGUAGAUUAGAUAUAUCAUAUAAUCCAUAUUUAAUUUUAGAAUUAUUUGAAAAAUCAGAUAUAACAAAUUUAAUAAUUGAUGCAUAUAAUUUAUGUAUAACUACUGAACAAACUACAAAAGUUCGUUUAGGUUAUAUGGGACAUUUAAUAUUAAUUGCAGAAGAAGUUGUUAAAUUUUCAUCAAUUUUCCAAAAUUCAAAAUUUAAUGAUUUAGAAGUUGAUGAAUUAAUUUAUUUAAAAUUAAUUGAUCCACAAUGGAUUAAUUAUGUUACAAAUAUCUUGACUGAAACAAGAGAAAUGUAUAAUUGUGUUCUUGGAGGUAUUAAAAAUGAUGAAUUUAAUGAAUCAAAUUAUUUAAAUUCAAAAGCAAUUAUAUUAGGAAAUUCUGAAGAAGAGAUAUUAAAUCAAGUACCAGAAGAACAACAAGAACAACAAGAUGAUCAAGAACAAGAACAAGAACAAGAACAAGAUCCAAAAGAUGAAGAUUUUUUAUGA